CGCCGGGCUCUGAUUGGACAGCGGCGGCGUGGGCCUGGCGGCGGCGGGCGACCGAUUUCUCCGCUCCUGAGGCGGUGGCGGGUCCCGGCUGCGCGGCUUGGCGGUGGGGAGGGAGACCAUGCAAAAAGUGGUGUUGGUCACCGGGGCCAGCAGUGGCGUUGGCCUCGCACUCUGCAAGCGGCUGCUGGAGGAAGACGAGGAGCUGCGCGUGUGUUUGGCAUGCAGGAACGUGGGCAAAGCGGAAGCCGUCCGCGCGGCACUCCUGGCCUCUCACCCCACCGCCGAGGUCAGCGUCGUGCAGGUGGAUGUCAGCAAUGUCCAGUCAGUCAUCUGGGCCGCCAGGGAGCUCAAGCAAAGGUUUCAGAGAUUAGACUACGUCUAUCUGAAUGCUGGGAUCAUGCCCAAUCCACGGCUGAAUAUCAGAGCACUUUUCUCUGGCCUCUUUUCAAGAAAAGUGAUUCAUAUGUUCUCCACCGCUGAAGGACUGCUGACCCAGGAAGAUAAAGUCACUGCCGAUGGGCUCCAGGAAGUGUUUGAAACCAACGUCUUUGGCCACUUUAUUCUGAUUCGGGAACUGGAGCCUCUCCUGUGUCACAGCGACAGUCCUUCCCAGCUCAUCUGGACAUCUUCUCGCAAUGCAAGGAAAUCUAAUUUCCACCUUGAGGACAUCCAGCACAGCAGCGGCCAGGAGCCCUACAGCUCCUCCAAAUACGCAGUUGACCUGCUGAGUGUGGCCCUGAACCGGAACUUCAACCCGCGGGGUCUGUAUUCCAGCGUGGUGUGUCCAGGGACAAUGGUGACCAAUAUGACGUGUGGCAUUCUCCCUCCCUUUGUGUGGACACUGCUGAUGCCCAUCAUAUGGCUGCUUCGCUUUUUUGCAAAUGCUUUCACUUUGACACCGUACAACGGAACAGAAGCCCUGGUAUGGCUCUUCCACCAACAGCCCGAGUCUCUCAAUCCUCUGACCAAAUAUCUGAGUGCCACCACCGGCUUUGGAAGCAAUUACGUAACGACCCACAAGAUGGACCUAGAUGAAGACACUGCUGAAAAAUUUUACCAAAACUUACUGGAACUGGAAAAGCACAUUAGGGUCACCAUUCAAAAAACAAAUAAUCAGAGCUGACGAUGACACUUUCUGAAAGAUCACAUACCUACCGUGCAUUCUGGGUUUCUGUUGAGUUGUGUGAACAGGAAGUUAGAGUUGUCUCUUUUCCCUCCUUUCAAGAUUAUCUCUAAGACUGUGUAUGUGUGCACGUGGAUGUACACGUGAGAAAAAGACUGAUAAGUAAUAUAUGGGUUAGCUGUUCUCCAGAAUGGUGUCACAUCAAAAGAGUGCUCAAGUCACCCAACCAAGUGUGUGUUUAUUGGUUCUGCCAACUGGAGCCCAAGCUCCACUUGGUGGGAUGACACGUGGACUCGAACAGUUGUGACACAGGCACUCACCAGUCCUCCAUUUGGCCUGCCCGAGCAGGAGGAAGUACUGUCCACUCUCUGAGUGGGAAUCUGAGCUUUAUUCCUUUUCUUACGGACAGUUUUCUUAGGUCUUGUACCUUAUUUCUUCCUCCACGUGCUGCUUCUAAAAAUCCUGAGAUUGUGGGACAUCUGGGUGGCUCAGUCAGUUAGGCGUCCAACUCUUGAUUUCAGCUCAGGUCAUGACCUCAGGGUCAUGAGAUCGAGCCCUGAGUUGGGCUCCCUGCUCAGCACAGGGUCUGCUUAGGAUUCUUUCUAUCCCUCUGCCCCUCCCCCUGCCCACGUGCUCUCUCUCUCAGAAAAAUAAAAUCUUUAAAAAUCCUGAGAUUGUUAGAAUCCUAACAGUUCUAAUAUGGAUACCCAUAUAGUUAAUCACAGGAACAAUAGUAUGUAGGUGUUUGGGCCACUUGAUUUAUUUCUUCUUUGGAAGUGUCUUUCAUUGAUGUUGAUAGUGGUCCGUGUUAUUAAUAUUGGGCCUGACCUUUAACAUCACUUGCAGAUUUGUUCAUUGCUGACCAACCUGUUUUUCAUGAUUAUAUUUUAAUGUAUGCAGACUUGCAGCAAAAAUUAUUUACUCACAUUGUUUCAAAGAAAUUUUCCAAUUGAAUAAUUGCUGGUGGGAUGUCUGCUGGUGUCAGUAGUGCUUGGAAGUGGUUAAGACUGAGUUUGCAUAUGAAGACAAAAUGCUAAACUGCCCAGAUGUUUUUACCCUACAUAUAACCAUGAUACCUGGAAUAUAAUAAAGUCAGCAAAAUUUUGAACAUAAUAAAAGUGAAAAAUUGUAUAGAAAUAUAGUUUCUAUACAUUCUAAGUAUGAAUUUUUGGCUAUAGUUUAUCUCGUUUUGUUGCUAAAGAUAUUUUUCAUAAAGUUAAGUAUUCUGUAUGUGCAAAUGGGCUGAAUGCUUCUCCCCGCUCCCUGCUCCCUGCUGUCUUUGAGAAGAAGGGGUGAGGUUGGAGAGCUGAGAGCAGCACUGGGUUGUGCUCUUGUGAUCACUCACACUGCAAGUUUGCAAGAAGCACUUUAUUGUGAAUCUCAGGUUCCUCGUCUGUAAAGCGGAGUCAUUCUCUUUCUGCUUCCUCCACUCUGGGGUGUAGAGGAACGUUAAAUGCAAUAAUACAUGUGAAUGAAUAAAGAGCAUUUUUGAGAACGAGGACAGCAAGUUUUCCUUAGAGAUGGUUAAGCCAGAAUGUCGUGGUUCAGAUGGUGCUGUGUGGGGCGCUGAGUGACAUUGUCCCAUCGGACGGGGAGCGGGUUUGGUUUUCUGCGUGCUGAUCCUUCACCCGGAGGCAGCAUCCAGGCAAGCAGGAGGGUGCUGGGGGUGGAUCGUGGGUGCUGGGACGGGGAGGACACUGGGUCAAAUUUGGGUUCAGUCAUUAACUAACUUGAUGACUUAGGGCAAGUUUCUUCAAUUUAUACCUUGAUUUAAUUACAAAAAAUAUUGCUACCCGUGCUUACCUCGACGAACUGUGAGACUACAUCCUGGCAGGUGCCCAGGCAGUACGAGCUAGGAUUUAUUUCUGUUCUACAGUAAGUGCCCGAAAGGAGACUUUAAGCAGGAACUAAAUCCUGUUACCCUGCCAUUUAUGAUGUGUCAGUAGUCUGGUGCUCUGUGUGUUUUCUAAGCCAUUUUAUCAAAUUUCCUUGAAAUGGAGAACAAAUCACAGCCACCCCCCCACCCCUCCCAAGUACAUAUGCCACGUGGCUUACCUCACAGUUGGUUCUUGUCAUUAAAUUAUCCCACAUUUGUUUUUAUACCUGAACUUGGCUAUUAGGUUGAAGAUUCAACUACGAGGAGUUGGGCUUCAGGGGUGCCUGAUUUUUCUCUUAUAAAUGGCUAAUCAGA